AUGCCGACCAAAGCAACCACAGCCAUGAUGCGAAUAGCCAUUGCUGGCGGCGGAGGUUUCGCCAAUAUCCUCGCCCAGCAGCUUGCUCAGAGUGCCCAUGCCAUUAUUGUCCUUUCCACGAGACACCAUCCUGAAUUCGAGGAAUACGACUGCCAAGUUGCUGUUGUUGACUAUAGCGACGUGGACGACCUCCGUUUCACUCUUCAGGGUGUAGACCUUGUGAUAUCGACCAUCUCGGACACAGAGCAAUACAAUCUGAUCGACGCGGCACGCCGGGCCCACGUUCGACACUUCGUUCCAUCCGAGUUCGAAGGUGCUCUCAGUCACCGUCCUGCUAAUGACCCUCUUGAUCGAGGCUCAUCCAGCGCAUUGGAAUUUCUUCGUAACUGCGCCUCAUCAAGGUCUCGACAGAUGCGGUUCACCGUCUUCUCUUGCGGAAUAUUCUACGAGCGUUUCGCGCCGCAAGGCCUGGCGUCAUACAACAUGGGGGCGGGUUCUCGUAUCCAAAACCCAGGAGACUAUAUGCUUGACCUCAACCGUUGUGUAGCGGAAAUCCCCCAGACUAAUUCUCAGGGGAGGUCUGUGCAUGUCACCAUGACUUCUGUCUAUGAUGUAGCACGCUUCGUGGCCGCUGCCAUCGAUCUCGGAAUUAGCAACUGGCCUAGAGAGUUCAAGAUGCGUGGCGCCCAGGUGACGACCACAAGACUUGCUGAAAUAUGCCAAGAAGUCACAGGAGUCCAAUUUGAGGUCAUCUCUCGUCCUUAUCAAGAAAUCGUCGACUGGCUGCGCUACUACGAAGAGACGCAGGACUGGACCAAGUGGUACCAGAUGCUUCAUCUGCUCCAGACCGCCAAUGGUCGCUACUCCUUCAGCGAUCCGAACUUGAACGACAUGGUUGAUUUUCAGCCGAUUGGACUACGGCCUUGGCUUCAAGACGUUUCGGCUCGGCUAGGAUGA